AUGUCUGACAAGUGUUGGAACCUUGCCCAAUGUUUUUCUAUCCACUCCCCUCUUAACUGUUUUUCCCAUCAUCAUUUCUUAACUGUUUUUACAUUAUUCUCCUCUGUUAACUAUUUUUCUCCUCAUCCCGUCACUCUUGUUCUCCUCUUGUCCCUUCGCUCUUGUUCUUCUUGUGUCCCUUCAAUCUUUUCCUCCUCCUUCCUCCUCUUGCUCUUUCCCUUCCCCUCCUUCCUCCCUCUGCUCUUUCCCUCCUCCUCCUUCCUCCCUCUGCUCUUUCCCUCCUCCUCCUUCCUCCCUCUGCUCCUUCCCUCCUCCUCCUUCCUUCCUUCCUUCCUUUGCUCUUUUCCUCCUCCUUACUCCCUUUGCUCUUUUCCUCCUCCUUACUCCCGUUGCUCUUUUCCUCCUCCUUCCUCCCGUUGCUCUUUUCCUCCUCCUUCCUCCCGUUGUUUCUUUUCCUCCUCCUUCCUCCUGUUUUUUUCUCCUCCUUCCUCCUGUUGCUGUUUUUCCCUCCUCCUUUGCUCUUUUCCUCCUCCUCCUCCUUUCCUUUCCCUCCUUUGCUCCUUUUCUCCUCCUCCUCCUCCUCCCUUGCUCUUUUUAGAAUUUUUUUUUUUCAAUCACAUUUCUGCUAUUGCAUCUCUGACCUUGUCUCUCUCUCUCUCUCUCACUCUCUCUCUCCCUCUCUCUCUGUCUCUCUCACUCUCUCUCUCUCUCUGUCUCUCUCACUCUCUCUCUCUUGCAUCCAACAGAUAUCCUGUUUGCACUGCAGCAUCGGGCGUGGUUGAGUCACAGUCACCGCUAACAGUUUCUUCGAUUUCUGAGCCUGCAAUACGAACAGCCACAACGGCUUAUCAAUCUUGCGUAAAUGUUACUACUACUACUAUAACUGACUCGAAAAUAAACAGUACCCACACAUCUACCAAAAGUGCUGUCAUCGCAGCACCAAGAGUCAUCAACAAAGAAACAUCUAGCAACAGCAGCAGCAAUAAUAAUAAUAAUAAUAAUAAUAAUAAUAAAGGUUCCUGUCACAAAGAGUUUGACAAUUCUGGGUUGCAACGGCUGAGCUCCACAGACGUCACAUCAAAACAAGAUACGGAAUCCGGCAAAGUUAAACAGGGGACAUUACUGACUGGCAGUAAUUACUCAGGUGUAAACUCCUCAGAUUACUCUACCCAGGACAGUUACCCCCAGACCAAAAAUGCUGAAAUUAGCAAACAGAGACCAAUAACGGAGCAGAACUCCAAAACAGUCGUCAUUGCUCCCCAGCAGGAAUCUUCAGUUCCGGUGUCAUCAUCAACUCCAACUUUUGAUAGUUUGGUCACUUCUUCCUCCGGAGCACUGGCGGUAGCACCUGUCCCCCCAAGAACAACGGAAGGUAAGUAUUCAGCAAGUAGCAGUACCAAAACCAGACAUGCUGAAAUCACCUCCGUUUGUUCAGGCAGUGAAUGCCAGGCUACUUCCUCUUCUACUUCUGAAGCUGCUGUUUCUACUGCUACUACCGCCACCACUGCUGCUGCUGUUACUGCUACUAUUAUUACAGAGGAUAAUGAAGUUGAUUGUGAGGGUAAUGUCAACAACAGGAGUGGGGAGGUUGGCAGGAGAGAAGAUGGAGACCCUAGCAGGGAGUCAUUUGGUGAAACACAACAAAAGCUGGUUAUCCCUAGGGGCUCUGAUGAGAGUGGGAGCCUGAGAGGACCCCUUCCAGCAGCAGCAGCAGCAGGCCAACCCAACAGUGAAAAGAGUGAAAAGAGUGAAAGCAUUUCUAACUUAAAUAAUACAGAAGAGAAACAACAACAACAGCAGCAGCAGCAGCUGCCCAUGAACAAAAGCGGGGAGGAGAAGGCAGAGGAGAAGAAAGAAAACAAGGAAGUGUUGAACAAUGUUACAGUGCUCUCUCCUCUUCUCUCAUCAUCCUUACUUCCACUCCCACCAUCACAGAAAGGUGGGCUUAACCAGCUUGCUACUACUACUACUAUUACUACUACUGAUUCUGCUGUCACAAGGACCCAUAGUAGGACUGAUGAAAAAAGUCUCUCACUGAAAAAUGUUAUAGUAAGUCAUCCCAAGUCUGAUCCGAUUGUUUCAUAUUAUAAUUCACCUUUUUCUUCUUCUUGUACACCUACCACAACUAUCACUGCCUCUUCUCGUAUAGCACCCUCGUCAUCCACACCACCAUCAUCGCCAUCUUCAUCACCCUCAUCGUCGUCGUCAUCUUUGUCAGUUGGUAGCAAUGAGCAACCACUGCCAUUUUCCGCUAUUACAUCAGCAAAGAAUGGCCGUGUUUGUGUCAAAGAAACUCCUCCAGCAGUACAGAACUGGGAUACUACGACUGCAACUGCUACUGCUAACAGCUUGAAUGCUAUAAUUGUACAAGAGAAGAAAACUGAUAGUGUGACCGACACUAUGUGUGGACCGAGUAAGGAUAAGAUUAUGCCUAACUCUUCUGGUGAGACGGACGAGUCAGCCACAGGUGAGAAAAAUGCAGAGAGUAUUAAUAACAGGAGUACUCACACCCUUGAAACAACUACUGCUAAGUCCACAGCCUCACCUGCCAUGCUGUCAAUAAGUCAAACUCUUUCUUCUUUGUCACCUAAGUUUACUGCAACUACAAGUGCUACAGCUACUACUACAGCUAUGGCUAUGACUACCAAGCUUUGUCAGGUAGAUUUUAGAAGCACUUUAAAUGUAAAAAAACUAACAGCUCCUGAUUUGGACCUUAUCCAGAAAAAGGACGAGUUAGCCACUGCUGUUGCUGCUUUUUCAAAUGAAAACCCCUCCACUUCUUCUCAAAUACUCCAUGAAUCAUUACCAUCACCUCCACCAUCUCCACCACCAUCACCAUCAUCCACAUUACUACCCUCAUCCCCGCCAUCUGUAUCCUCCACACCUCCAACCCUGCUGAAUGAGGCACAAAAAGAUGUAAACAAUGUUUCAACCAUACAGGAUAAUCUGUCAAAAUGGACUGAUAAUAAAACUCUCACAAAAACUGCAGCCCCUAUUAAGGCCAAUCCUAAUGAAGGGUUGGUGGUAUGUGGUAGCAGCAACAAUCACAGUGGGUCCGAUGACAGUGCUGGCAGCCAAUCCUCCCCAAAUAUUGGUGUAGACUCACCAGAAUCCUUUGUAGCACUUCCUCAAACCUGUUUUGAAAGCAGUGAAUUUGAAGAAACUACUGAAGACAGCAAUAGCAACAACAGUGGCCAUGCGGGUGUUAAUUCCACAUGCGACCUCUAUAACAACUCAGAUUGUGCCUUUAACAAUAACAUUUCAUUAGAACGGCGAUGUGAGAGCCUAGUUUCUGAGAACACUUGUGAUAUGGCGUACGACCACAUGAAAUCGUCAGAAAAGGUGUACGAUAAUGAUGACAACAAGGGCACUUCAUCCAAAGACUUUCAUUUCAGUAGCAAAGCCUACCGAAACAUUUAUGGGUCAUUUAAUGCCGGCUAUAACUGUACAUUUUCUGUGCCGAAUAAAGAAAUCGACCAACUCUUGGAAACAUCCAGCAAUAAGAUCAGUAGUUCAAGCAGUGGAUUUGUCAAUGACCUGUUGCGCUGUACAACUGCAAUUGCUGAUGACCAUUCAUACUGUUGGUCAGUGUCAAAAACCCAAGAGUCAGAAUCAUUGCUGAGGGAUGCACACCCAUGUGAUGAUGAAAUUUCUGAUUCUAGUUCAUUGGACGAUAUUCCUGACCAACAGGAAAGCCUCUCUUUCCUUGCCCAAAACACAUUCUCAAAAUCUUCAAACUGGAAGAUAAAGAACCAAAAAACCACAAUGUCCUUGAAGGGGGUCGAAAAGUACCAUAAAGGUAACGGAACGAUCUCUUCUACAACUUCGCCGAAUGGCAACACCCUCACUUCAAACCCUGCCACAAAAUUUCUGGUUGAUUUACCCUCAUCUGGGCAUGACCGUAACUCCAAAGCUUACCGUGGUUUCGAUCAAAGGUCAGAUGAUGAACGCAAGGUAAAUGGCUUAUUAACCCCUGUCAAAUUGAUGGAUAGUAAUUCUGCAUCCAUCACAUCACCUAAAAUCACUCCUUUAAAAACCCCUGGAGGUCUGGGAAGUAGAGGAAGCUUGCAAGGGUCACCAAAAGUCAGUUGCUUUCGGAUCGGUACUUUUGGAUCGAUAUCUAACAUAGAAUGGGAUGAGAAUUCAGAUACAUCAUCGUCCGUUGGGAGCCUGUCCCUCUCUGAUAAAUCGCGGGAGAAGUUCACUUAUUGUCGAAAAGUGGACUUCACAGAUAAGCCUGAUGUUCAAAAGAACUUGAUGUCUCUUGGAGAACAUUGUCAAAAAAGUAAUUUAGGAAGUUCUGGAAUUACCAGACGCCAAUCAUUAGAGGCCAAUGUCAGAAUCAGUCACAUUCUUCAUGACCAUGAUUACUGUAUGAGAACAACAAUUUCUCCGAUGAAGUGUGAGCUUGCUAAAGAGCUUUUGUCUGGGUCAAAACUCGGAUCCUGCUCUUCGAAAUUUGCAAAUAUUAAUCCUUCAAAAAGUUCCAAUUCUUCUUCAAAUUCCUUAGCAUAUUCUUCUUCUUCUUCCUCCUCCUCCUCAGCUUCUUACACUGGCAUUACGCCCCUCCGAACGCCAUCUUCAAGCUCUGAGGCUAAAUAUUUACGAAAAAGUCGUAAUAAUUCUGUUACCAAAUUUGUGGACAGUAGCGAGCCAUUGCAGGAAUCUCCUUUGGCAGAGAAAACGGGAGAUGCUACCAAACUCGCUGACCCUAACUGUGAUGUCGCUCGGUCAAGUGAGUCCAAACUGAAAAUAACAGGCAGUUUUCAGAACGAUUAUGUGUACUUCCUUAACAAGACAACCAGGAGUCGCAGGCGGAUCAGCCAUGAAAUCCUCCCAGACAAGAAUCUCCAAGCCAGGAACUAUUCAGACAUCGUCAUUCCUCAUCUCACUGAUGCCGACAUUGAGGCUUUAAAGCAUAAACGGAGUCACAGUAAUCAAACUACAGAUACACCUGUUUGGAAGAGUUCUCAAGAUGCCUCAGGUGAGCUGGAAGUUGAUAACCGGUUUAUAAACAGUGUUCUCAGUAUGGAAAACCUGUGUUCUGAUCCUGCUCCUGAGAGUGUGCUCCCAGGGUUGAUUGAUAGUACUGUGGCUCCUGAUAACCUUGCUGCUAAUCCAGAACAAUAUUUGACACCGGAAGAAAUGGAUAUUCUCUUCAAUGCUGUCAAAGAAGUUGAAAGUACAAAUUUCAAGACACUUGAUGAAAUCCAAAAAAGUAUCGACUCCUACAAUGAUGAGAUCGGCAAGGAAUUAAGUCCAACUUCCAUAUUGCCUGAAGACCAAAUUGAUCCAUGUUUGGCUGAUUCCAGUGACCAUAAAGAAGCAACAGACAAGUCAGAUGUCCCUGCAAUAACUACAUCACAAGCAACAGGCAUCCCUGUAGCACAAUGGUCAAGCUGCAAUCCUCCUGCAGAUGACCUUGUAAAAUCAGAAGUACUCACUACAGACAACAAUCUACUUGAUUUAGAGAAUAUACCAAUCAGUGACAUUAAUCCAAUGAUAGGCACAAGUAGUGAUAAAUUUAAAGGUCCUACUCUCAGUUGUGCUUCGGAAGGUUUGCCAUCUUCGGACCUGAAUACUUUGUGUGCCAACAAUUCCAACUCGGGUCUGACUGAUGUACACAUCCCAUCUCUUGAGAAAUUCGACCUCCUGAAUUUAAGAUUGGAUAAAUCAGAUUUGUUUCCAGAACCUGCAGUCACGGACACGUCGUCUGUUUCUGAGGGCACAGCUCCUUGGAUCGUAACAGUCACAAUGUUCUGGAAUGACUUACCUGCAAUUGUGAUUGAUAGUCAACCAUUUAUUCGUUUGGUUGAUAUCCACAAGCAAAUUCUUCCUGCAAAAGACACGGGAAUCUUGAAAAAACGGUGCCAACUCUUGGGACUUAAGGUGCAGAAUUGCACCGAAUUUCAGCGCUACUUCCUUGUUCAAUAUGGACGUGCAUAUAAUUCCAAGAGCACAUUGGUCAUCUCGAAGGAUGACGCCAAAAUAUUGAUUGGAUAUUAUGUGAAUCCACCCUCCCGAUUACCCAAGGGUGAGGGAUGUGAUGAUGAACCUACUUAUCUCUCAUACUUCUCUCAUCCUCUGGUUCACUGUUCUGACCAUCGACUUAUCUCUCAUCCUCUGGACUGUUCUGAAACAGGUUUUGGCUCACUGUUUGACCAUCGACUUAUCUCUCAUCCUCUGGUUCACUGUUCUGACCAUCGAAUCUCUCAUCCUCUGGUUCACUGUUCUGACCAUCGACUUAUCUCUCAUGGAAUCUAUCUCUCAUAUCUGGCUCACUGUGGUCUCAUCCUCUGGAAGAGGCUUAUUCUCAUCCUCUGGUUCACUGUUCUGGAACUUAUCUCUCAUCCUCUGGCUCACUGUUCUGAUGGAAUGGCUCACUGUUCAGAGAGACUUAUCUCUCAUCCUCUGGGUCACUGUUUGACCAUCGACUUAUCUCAAAUGGCUCACUGUUCUGACCUGGUCUCAUCCUCUGGCUCACUUUUACGCCCUUUCUUUCUCUCUCUCUCAUUAUCCUUUCUUUCUUUCUCCAUUUUGUUUUCUUUUUCAAUUGCUCUCUCUCUCAUUAUCCUUUCUUUCUUUCUCCAUUUUGUUUUCUUUUUCAAUUGCUCUCUCUCUCUCUCAUUAUCCUUUCUUUCUUUCUCCAUUUUGUUUUCUUUUUCAAUUGCUCUCUCUCUCUCUCAUUAUCCUUUCUUUCUCCAUUUUGUUUUCUUUUCAAUUUUCUCUCUCUCUCUCUCAUUAUCCUUCUUUCUCCAUUUUGUUUUUCUUUUUCAAUUGCUCUUUCUCUCUCUCAUUUUCCUUUUUUUUUUUGUUUUUUUUUUUUCUCUCUCUCUCAUUAUCCUUUCUUUCUCCAUUUUGUUUUCUUUUUCAAUUGCUCUCUCUCUCUCUCUCAUUAUCCUUUCUUUCUCCAUUUUGUUUUCUUUUUCAAUUGCUCUCUCUCUCUCAUUAUCCUUUCUUUCUCCAUUUUGUUUUCUUUUUCAAUUGCUCUCUCUCUCUCUCUCAUUAUCCUUUCUUUCUCCAUUUUGUUUUCUUUUUCAAUUGCUCUCUCUCUCUCUCUCUCUCUCUCUCUCAUUAUCCUUUCUUUCUCCAUUUUGUUUUCUUUUCAAUUUUCUCUCUCAUUAUCCUUUCUUUCUCCAUUUUGUUUUCUUUUCAAUUGCUCUCUCUCUCUCUCAUUAUCCUUUCUUUCUCCAUUUUGUUUUUUUUUCAAUUGCUCUCUCUCUCUCAUUAUCCUUUCUUUUUUUCCAUUUUGUUUUCUUUUUCAAUUGCUCUCUCUCUCUCUCUCUCUCUCUCAUUAUCCUUUCUUUUUCCAUUUUGUUUUCUUUUUCAAUUGCUCUCUCUCUCUCUCAUUAUCCUUUCUUUCUUUUUCCAUUUUGUUUUCUUUUUCAAUUGCUCUCUCUCUCUCUCUCAUUAUCCUUUCUUUCUUUCUCCAUUUUGUUUUCUUUUUCAAUUGCUCUCUCUCUCUCUCUUCCUCUCUCUCUCUCUCACUUUUACACACAUACACUGGAUUGUUUCCCCUUUCUUCAUCUCUCUCUCUAUCAUUCUCUUUUUCUGAUUAAUUCCCUUUACUCUAUCAACCGCACUGAGUUGUUUCAACAUACCACUCUCUCUCUCUCUUUCUUUUUUUUAUUUCAUUCAUUCAUUCUUCUUGAUGUUCAAUUUUCUCUUUCUUUCUAUCACUUUCUCUUUCCAUAUCCUCCGACCAACACAGUUGCAGUUAAUAAUAUCUACUCUAUUGUACUUUCUGGGGGCAUCUGCAGACAGACGGACGGACGGACGGCCUCUUUUCUUUUUCUCUCUCUCUCUCUCUCUCUCCCCAUUCUCUCCUGGCAACACCUGUCGAUGUGGCCUCUCCUAUCUAGCUUAAACUUCUCUCCUUCAGGCCUUGAAACAGAAGGGGGCGCCUAUCUCCACAAGUUAAAAACAAGAAAAAACAACACACUAUCUGUUCUAUCGUUGUUUAUUUCACCUACUAACUUUUUUUUAUACUAA